ACGGUUUCUCACAGAGAGAGGGAGAGAGGCAGAUCAGAGUCUGACUGCUGCGGGUUUUAUAAACUCUAAGGUUACAUCGCAAGGGAAGUCUUCAUUAAAGAAGAAUAUCAACGACAUGGCAAGAGGAGAAGGAGGGGAACAGUCUUCCAAUGCGAGUCUCUUGCACAAAGACCCUUCGAAUGGAGUUAAACCGGUCGUUAAGCGUGAGAAGGGAGGUCAACUGUCAGUGUGCAGUAAGCUGUGUUACGCUAUAGGAGGAGCGCCCUAUCAGAUCACAGGCUGUGCCCUUGGCUUCUUCCUCCAGAUUUAUCUUCUGGAUGUUGCUCUGGUGGAUCCAUUUUAUGCCUCCAUUAUCCUGUUCGGGGGCCGAGCCUGGGAUGCCAUCACGGACCCCACCGUGGGGUUUCUGGUCAGCCGGAGCCCCUGGACCAGAUUCGGAAAAAUGAUGCCCUGGAUUGUUCUGUCCACUCCAUUAGCAGUGGUGUGCUAUUUUCUCAUCUGGUACGUGCCUCCCAUAGAUCAGGGCAAAAUCAUCUGGUACCUCAUGUUCUACUGUCUUUUCCAGACUCUGCAGACAUGCUUCCACGUGCCUUACUCCGCCCUCACCAUGUUCAUCAGUUCAGAACAGAAGGAGAGGGAUUCAGCCACUGCCUAUCGUAUGACUGUGGAAGUUUUGGGAACGGUUAUCGGCACUGGAAUCAAGGGCCAGAUUGUGGGUUUAGCAAAUGCUCCCUGCAUACCUGUUGGAGAUGACUUCAACUCCUCUAGCCAAGAUUUUGGACCUGAAGUCAACAUCAGUCAACCGCACAUUUCACUGGAGCACACAAGACAGGCUUAUAUGAUUGCAUCGGGGGUUAUUAGUGCAAUCUACGUCCUGUGUGCGGUCAUUCUCUUCUGUGGUGUGAAGGAACGUAAAGAAACCACCCGGGUCAGAUCUGAGCCCAUGUCCUUCUUCCAGGGCAUCCGUUUGGUGAUGGGCCAUGGUCCGUAUGUAAAAUUGGUCAUGGGCUUCCUCUUCACCUCUCUGGCUUUUAUGCUCCUGGAAGGCAACUUUGCCCUGUUCUGUUGCUAUACCCUGGGCUUUAGAGAUGACUUCCAGAACAUCCUGCUAGUCAUCAUGUUUUCUGCCACCCUCACCAUCCCAUUCUGGCAGUGGUUUCUGACUCGAUUUGGCAAGAAAACCGCUGUGUAUUGUGGGACUACAGCAGUGAUUCCCUUCCUGAUCUUAGUGGUCCUGCUGAAAAGUAAUCUCAUUGUGACGUACAUGAUCUCCUUUGCUGCUGGAGUGAGCAUUGCUGCAGCCUUCCUCUUGCCCUGGUCCAUGCUUCCUGAUGUGGUUGAUGAUUUCAAAGUGCACAAUCCUGAGACUCAGGGACAUGAAGCCAUUUUCUACUCCUUCUAUGUUUUCUUCACAAAGUUUGCUUCUGGAGUCUCCUUGGGAAUCUCAACCCUCAGCCUUGACUUUGCUGGUUAUGUGACGAGAGGCUGCUCACAACCAGUAGAGGUGGACAUCACAUUGAAAGUUCUUGUCUCUGCGGCUCCCAUUUUCCUCAUCAUUAUAGGCCUGAUCAUAUUUAUUACUUACCCUAUCAAUGAAGAGAGAUGUCAGGGCAACCGCAAGCUGCUUAAUGAGCAACGGGAAAAUGAACUGGACUCAGAAACGGACUCAACAGAGACAGAUGGAAGUGUGGUAUAGUUCCAUAGGACUCUAAGGAGGACAUUCUGGCACCUACUUUGGGCAAUUGAAUAAGGGACCCUCAAAGACAAGAUCACGCAUGGCAGCCAUGCUCACCUAACAUGCAACAGCAACCUCAAGUACAGCAUUUCAGAGAUCCAGUUUACUGUGCCUUGUAGUGCUACAAAGUCAUGAAACCAGUGGAAAGUCCAAAAAAACUCUGCUGUUGCGUUUCCCCCUCAGAUGUGGACAAAACCUUGAAAUGUGGUGGGAGCUUAUGCCUGUUUCAGUUCACAUUGCCUACAUUUGGUGCUACUCCCUGGAAUGACUAGAUCCAGCAUUUAGAUUAACUUGAAAAACACAAGACAUUCAGACUGCACUAACAGAUUCUUCACCUGUCUGAGACUGAGGAGAAACUUGAAUGCUGAAAUUUAAUGGCUCUUCUUGUGGUGUUACUUUCAAUCACAUUGUAUCCAACUCAUCCAGUAAGGUAUUUUGUACUUGUCUGUUGCCAAAUAUGAGCAGUGUACAUUUCAUUAACAUUACACACUGUGCAUUAUAGUUUACAAAUUAAGACCACCAGCCUUUAUUGUAAUACACAGCCCAGUGUGCUGCUUCAGACGGGGUUGGAAAAAGUCAUGCUGCAUAUAAAACACAUGACAAGUUCAAAGAGCACCCAGUCUGUUUCUGGCAAAAUAUAAACUAUCAGACAAGUGAGAAAGUGAAAAACAUAUAGCUGAAGCCGAGCAUCUUUACAAUUUGAGUUACCAAGAAAUCAGACACCAGGUUUGACUGCUUGGACUUGUGCCGUUAACCACUUCCUAAAGGAAGUGAAAAGCUAUUUAACUAUUUAAUGUUUGCUUUAAUAACAUUAUAGUCUGAUUUUUACUGCUCUCUAAUAUAUGCCAACUCUUUGGUCUAUUUAAGGGAAAAGAACAGGAAAAGACUAUAAAAAGUGUGUAUAUGUGUGUAUAGUGGAGUUGAAUGAUGGGUGUUUUUACAUCUGAAUUGUGUACAUCUGAAUUACAUGAAUCGUCUUAUGGUGUCAAGUGA